AUGACGGUGGCUGGAGCUACAGUACUAGGGGUGAAGAUGAAGACAGACUUGAGAGAUAUUCAAGAGAGACGCAAGAACUCCACCACGGAAACCCGAGCUCCAGAGCCGGAGCCGGGAGCUCUCCCUGGGACAGACGGCCCCAGCCCCGGGUCUCCCGUCACUUCAAGGCCUCUUCCGGGGACUCGGGCCUCUCGGAUCCGCUCCCCGGAGCUCGCUCCCCCAGCUCGGCUUCGCCAGGGCGCCCACCGCCCGGCCAGCCCAGCUCUCCGCCAGCAGGCCCGUCACCUAGCAACAGUCGCCAGCUGUGGGGGCCUCGGGAGGCCUAGCCUCGGCGCGGGUCUUCCCCAUUCCCUCCUCGCCGGCCUUGGGAGCCCAGGCGGGAGCGUGACCGGUGAAGGAGGUCAGUCGAUGGCCGGGCGGGGAGGGGCCAUCCUUGGCUCCCCGCCCCCGAGAGCAAGGUGGAGGCGGGGUUACGGGCCGGGGGAGGAGCCGGCAAGCGAGCUUCGGGCGGUUCUUUUGACUCCGCUGUUCAGUACCCUUGGCAGCCAGAUCGAGCUUCGCCGCGCAGCACGUGGGCCGAGCCCUAGAGGUGGCUUCUGCCGGAAAACGAGGACAGGAUGUUCUGGUCCUUUUCAAACUACUCAGCUAUGGGAUGGUAUUAUUCAUUCCCUUCAGACUCAAGUGGAAAUAAAAAGAAGGAGGCAUCAUUUAUGAACAUAUGAAGAUUGUUUUACUGGUUCUGAUGCUGUUGAUGUAGUAUUAAGUCAUCUUAUGCAAAAAAUGUGUCUAAAUAGUAAUGAAAUCUCUCAUCUUAAAGGAGUUCAUUUUUGCCAACUUCUAAUGAACCAUAAAGUAUUUGAAGCCAUAGAAAUGAAGCUAUUCAAAAAUGAAAAGGAAUUGGAAUUUGAAGCUUCCAAAUAUUGUCUCUACAGGUUUCUAGGCAAAUCAACUUAUGUUUUUUGCAAAAGCAAAAAGGAUGCUGAGAAUGGAUUAACUGGAUAAAAUCAGAGGCAUCUUUAAGGUUAGUACGGACUGAUUUCAAGUCCUCUAGCACAAGAGAUUGGUGAGGAAAGAAUUAAGGAACUCAUUAAUACAAUGAGUGGGAAUCUGAACCGUUUUAGGUUCCUAGAAAAACUGAGCAGAAAGUACAGAGAGUUCCCAUAUAUCCCUGCUCCACAUGCACACAGCUUCCCUAUCAACAGCCCCCACCCGAGUGUAUCAUACAAUCAUGUAUGCUUCAUCUAUUCAUUCCUCCCUUCCCCCAACCCCUUGCAACCACUGAUCUUUUUACUGUCUCCAAGAACUGACUUUUCAGUUAUAAUAAAAGUAGUGUGUUGGGUGUAUCAACUCACUAAUCCUCUUUCCUGUAAGAGUUCCUUCUACAUAGUGAUUACAUCAGACAAGACAGAUGUCUGGAAACAACAAACAUUGUUACAUAUUCUUCAAAUGAUUCAUCUUCCAUUCUUGGAAAAUAUUUUGGAGCCUCCAGUCAAAACACAAAAUCUUCAAUUAAGUAAAGAGGAAGAUCUUGUUAUCUCAAAUGCCUGUCUAGACAGAGAGGUUAUUCCAAGUUUAUGUCUCCCCAGGAUUGAUAACUGGCUUAAGGCAGCAACUGAAUGCUUGGAAUAUUUCCCUGACCAGUUAAUAGUUUUGGUUAGUCAGCAGUUAGUGCAAAACAGAAAUGAAGAGACGAGAUUGAAUACACAGAAGAAGAUACUCUUUGAUGUCGUAGUAAAGUGUUAUAAUCAAGAGAGAGAUUUAACUGAUGAGCAUUUUGAUAUUCAUUCAGGAAUUACUGAACUUUUAGAAAAUGAGAAAAGAACAGAAGCACUUGAAGCGACACACCUAUAUCUAAGAUUGUUGUUGCCCAACAUUAGAGAAGAAUUACAACAGCUACUUAUCUUUAUGGCUAUUACAUUAGAACCUAAUACUUACAAGUUACAUAAACAGAUUAAUAACAAAACUGUGGUCCUGAAAACUCUUGCCAAAGCAGUUUUGCAAACGAAAUCAUUAUUUAAAGUAUAGGCAGAAGAACUCGUCUGGUUUCUACUGGGGCGUCACCCUGAGCUCUUCAAGGUAUCUCUGGCAUUUUGUCUGGGCGCAUUUAUUACUAAGCUAUUAGUGUCAAGCAAAAAGGCAAAUUAUUCACUUAAUAAUUUAUUGAGUACCUCUAAUGUGCAAAGUUUGAAGGAGUACCUACCGACUAAAGAGAAGAAAGCAGACUUAAUGUUGUUAUUUGCAAAUAUAUUAAUUUCUUCAACCCAUUUCUGGUGCAUCAAAAUACUGUUUGAUAAUGCUGGAUGUAAUUAUGCAAGUGUUUGGCAUAUUAUAUGGAAUUAUAUACAUAAUUUCCUAUGUUUUGAAACUAUGUGCCAGGUACUAAGUGCUUAGAAUACGUCAGCAAACAACACAAAUAUGCGGGCCCUUGCAGCGCUUCUAUCCAAGUGGAGGAUGACAGACAAAAAAAUACACGCAUUCAUUGUCAAGUCAUAUAGUUUGACAGAAGGCAAUAAAUGCAAUAGAAAAAAAAGAAAAAGCAGAUUAAGAGUAUUUAAUGGGUGCUAGGAAGGGAGGAAGGGGAUGAUUGGGAGCUUAUAGUAUUAAACAGGUUGGCCAAGAUUGGGCUCAGUGAGAAGUGAAAUUUGAGCAAAGACUGGAAGGAGGAGUCAACCAAAAGGCUCUGAGGGUGGGAGUAGUGGUUUUGGGCAGAGAGAAUGGUUCCUAGAGCAGAGGCCCUGGGGGUGAUGCAUGCCUGGGUGCUGAGGGCCAGCAAGGAAGUGGGGAGCAAAGGGGAGGUAGAGAUGAGGUUAGAGAGGUGGAGGCCCUUUAGGCCACCAGAGAGACUUUGCUUCUCCUUGGGAUAAAAUACAUCACUGGAGGGUUUGAGCAGAACAGUGGCCUGAUUUGACCAACAUUUACAAAGAUAACACUGGCUUUUGUGGUGAGAAUAGAUUGUUGAGGGGCAAAGGUAGAAGCAGGAACACCUUUUAGGAGGCUGUUGUAAUAAUCUGGACAAGAGAUCUCAUGACUUGAAACAGAGGAGUAGCAAUACAGUUAGUAAAAUGUGUUCAGAUGCUUUGAUAUAUUUUGAAAACACGUCAAGAUUGGUUUUUUAGCCUCACUACUAUAUUGUAUUUUAGUACUGAUAGUGGUACUUGCAGUGGUACUUCUCAAAGCCUUUACAAAGAAUUGCUCCCCUCAAUUUUUUUUCAGGAUACCGAAGAUUUAAUGAGAAAAAUUACAUGCAUAGAUUUGUAUUGAUAAGAUUGGACCAGAAAUGCAACGGUAUGAGGGAGAGUGGAUGGUAAGGUAGGGGGGCUCUGGAGUCAGAGAACUGGAUCUACUACUUGAACUACUUGGGUUCUGAAGGGAAAAUGUUAGCAAAUGAGUGCCCUGGAUUGAGGGAAAAUUCAAUUUAGAAAACAGCAGAAUUACUAGAAGAGUUGUUCAGCAAUGUUUAAAUGUUUUAUUUUUAUUUAAAAUGACAUUUUGUGUAACAUGCCCUAAUGGAGCUUAUUUUGAUCAACAUAUAGCCUACUAUUGAAUGACUUCUAAGGAAUGGUUUUUGAAAAUUCUGAGGCAUUAAUUACUAAAGAGAAAUUCCUCACCCAGUAGCGCACCUCCACCUAGUGACAGCUCCAUAAAUUACAGUUAUUAGGCUUAAAUAGAAUUCCCAAGAGUCAUUCAAUUUUAGGCUAAACCUUUUUGAGGGAGUUAUAUGCAAAGGAUUUUUUUUCACUGUAUAAAUAAAAUGCAGCUCCAAUCACUGUAAAGCUUACCUCCUGUUAGAACAGUCUGUAAAUUUCCAUGUGAAUUAACAGCCUGAUUCAUGGUGCUUAAGACUCCGCUUAAACUUCUAUGAUUCACAUUCUCAGGUACUAUCCAGGCAAAUAAAAGAUUUUCUAACUCCAAAAAAUAAAAUUGAGACAAAACAUUUCCCUCAUAUAACUUAUAUACAUAAUGUUCAAGAUUGAAAGUCAUUCCUGAGACCUUUUUUUCUCGAAGUCUUUCCUCCCUGUACUCUCUACAGGUGGAUUUGGAAGUGCUUUUACUCUGCGAUUGCUGUGCGCUGGAAAGAUUUUGAACAUUAAAAACCAGAAAGUUGGUGUUGCAAUUCCAGCUCUGUCACUUAACCACUGUGUGAUUAGUGACACUAUUAGGCAACUCUUUGUUGCCGGAGUCACUCACCGGUGCAUCACGGAACAUUUGAUGUAUGCCAGCACUCCACUUGUAGCUAGUGCCAGCCACAUUAUAUGCAGAACCACCUUUAAAACCAGGUUUGAACUUUUUCUCUUUGGGAUUAGGACACCUCCAUGAGGUCACAGAUGUGGGCUGAGGGAAAGGUUAACAGUGCAGUAAAUGAUCUGAGUGUGAGCUCACGCAAUAAACUUGUCCCACCUAAGUCCCCUCUUCCGCUUGACAAUGGCAUGCUUCUGUGCAUGCCUAACCUGCAGUGGGAAAGGGAAAUAAUCCCAGGGAGCAGAAUUGAGAGCGUUAUUUCCGGUUGUUCAACUUGCAUGAAGAUAUGGCUGGAGAUGAGGGCUAAUGGUUUGACUAGAGGAUCAGAGACUUGAGAACUAAAGACAAGAAACCUGGGAACUAGAAGCUUUAGGAAAGAAGUAUCUGACUAGACAUCUCAGCAUAGGCCCCAACUGCGAGGAUGUUUUUGUCCUGUGUGAAAGGUCAUCAAAGACCUCUUCUGUAGGGAAGGCGCUAGAGGGACAACACGGCCUAUACUGUGUAUAUUGCCGUGUUUCCCCAAAAAUAAGACCUAGCUAGACAAUCAGCUCUAAUGCGUCUUUUGGAG